AGUUGGAUCAAUAACAAAAGCAAGCAAAGGGUAUUCUCAGAAUUUUCAUCAACUAAAAGGAUCCUGAGCAUUUGAAAGGAAGGGAAGAAGGAAAAGUUACUUCAACAUUGAAAAAUUACAGUCAUGGAAAGAGGACAAGAAAAUGAAGGAGCAAGAGAAAAAGGAGAAGCGAACAACUUUGAGGUGUCAUUUUCUGCUCUUCGCAAGGACGUCCUCAAUGUGCUGGAUUUCAUGGAGAGGUUAAAAAAUGAAGAAUAUCCAAUAGUUCUUCUCUUGGAUCGAGUUGAAAAGCUGAAAUCAGAGCUAGCAUUUAUUUGUACAUAUGUCCAGCUUUCGUAUUCCAAUUUGGAGCAGUUUGAAGAUAUUAUGACUGCCAGAAGACAAGAGGUUGAUAAUCUACUUCAAUCAAUUUUAGAUGAUGUUGACAUCUUCGGGUGUGAAUACAACAUGCAUCAUGUCCUUCCUAGCCUCGAUAAUAUGGAUGAUUGUAUCAGCACCCAUCAUCGCUCUAAAUCAAGUGCCACCAUGACCGAGGAUCAGUUGAACUUCCUCCUCCUGAAUCUCCAUCAUCUAUUGAUGUAUCGUGCUGAACAUAUUUAUCCAUUAGUGAUUGAAUAUGAGAUUCUUCAGAAUGUAUGUCGUAACAUAAGAGAUUUUCAUGGGUUGAUAGUGAAUGGCUGCAUUGAACAUGAGAUUGUUGACUAUGUCUUACCUCAGUUUCAACUAAUGGCUGAGAGAGUAGGACUCUUCCUUUGGGAUGAUCAGACUGAUGAAGACUCUCAUCUCUCUGAGCUAGAUGAGGAUGAUCAGAGUGAUGGAUACUCUCGACUCUUCAAGCUAGUACAUCUACUCAUGAAGAUUAUUCCAAUUGAAUUGGAGGUCAUGCACAUAUGUUUUACGAAUUUGAAAGCUUCGACAUCAGAAGUUGAACGCUUCAUUAACCAGCUUCUAGAAACCUCUCCAGACAUUCUUAGAGAAUUUCUGAUUCAUCUACAAGAGCACAUGGUAAAUGUUAUUACCCCUAGCACUUCAGGGGCUCGAAACAUUCAUGUCAUGACGGAGUUCCUAUUGAUUAUUCUUACUGAUAUGCCCAAGGACUUUAUCAAACAUGACAAAUUAUUUGAUCUUUUGUCAUGUGUUGUAGCACUUACUAGGAAGGUUUCAAUUGUUGUUCGUGACUUAGUUGAGAAAUCAAGAAAUAAAGAGAGUAACGGUGAAACAAACCGUGCAACUCUAGGCUUUCUUGAAAAUAUUGAACUCCUCAAGAAAGAUCUCAAAGAUGUUUACUUGAAAGCCCCUGCCUCCUCUCAAUGUUGCUUCCCCAUGAGUGAUGGACCACUCUUCAUGCAUUUGCUACACAGACACUUAAAUGACUUGCUAGAUUCCAAUGCCUAUUCAGUUGCUUUGAUAAAGGAAGAAAUUGGAAUGGUGAAAGAAGACCUAGAAUACGUAAGAUCUUUCUUCGUGAAUGCUGAGCAAGAUUUAUAUAAAGAUCUCCGGGAACGUGUUCUAGAUGUGGCAUAUGAGGCAAAAGAUGUCAUUGAUUCAAUUAUUGUCAGAGAUAAUGGUCUCUUACAUCUUAUUUUCUCACUUCCCAUUGCCAUAGAGAAGAUUAACCUUAUCAAAGAAGAGGUCUCCAAUUUACAUGAGAAGAUUCCCAAGCCCAGGGGCCUCAUUGUUGCAAACUCUCCCAACAAGCCAGCUGAAAGCAAGUCACUGACAGCUGAUAAAAUAAUUGUAGGUUUUGAGGAGGAGACAAACUGGAUAAUUAGGAAGCUCACAGGUGGAUCAGCAGCGCUAGAUGUCAUUUCGAUCACUGGUAUGCCGGGUGCGGGUAAAACUACUUUGGCGUACAAAGUAUACAAUGAUGAAUCAGUUUCUAGUCAUUUCGACAUUCGCGCGUGGUGCACAGUCGACCAAGAAUAUGACGAGAAGAAGUUGUUGGAGAAACUUUUUAAUCAAGUUACUGGCUCGGAUGAGAUUUCUGAUGUUGCUGAUAAGCUUCGGAAACAUCUGUUUGGAAAGAGGUACCUGAUAGUCUUAGAUGACUUGUGGGAUACUACAGCAUGGGAUGCAUUAACAAGACCUUUUCCUGAUGUUAAAAAAGGAAGUAGAAUUAUUUUGACGACUCGAGAAAAGGAAGUGGCUUUGCAUGGAAAGCAUAACAGUGAACCUCUUAACCUUCGAUUGCUAAGACUAGAAGAAAGCUGGGAGUUAUUAGAGAAAAGGGUAUUUGGAAAAGAGAGUUGCCCUGAUGAACUAUUGGAUGUUGGAAAAGAAAUAGCCCGAGAUUGUAAAGGGCUUCCUUUGGUGGUGGAUCUGAUCGCUGGAGUCAUUGAAAGGAAGGAAAAGAAAAAAACUGUGUGGCUUGAAGUUCGGAAUAAUUUGAGUUCCUUUAUUUUCAACAAUGAAGUGGAAGUGAAGAAGGUUAUCGAAUUAAGUUAUAACCAUUUACCAGAUUUCUUAAAGCCGUGCUUGCUUUACCUUGCAAGUUGGCGGAAGGACACAAAACAUUAUGUGUUUGUGUUGAAAGCUUUAUGGCUUGCCGAAGGACUUGUGGAACAGACAGAGAUGAAGAGUGUGGAAGAAGUGAUGGAGGUUUAUUUGAAUAAUUUAAUUUCCAGUAGCUUGGUAAUUUUUUUCAAUGAGAUAGGUGAUUGGCCUUAUUUCCAACUUCAUGAUCUUGUGCAUGACUUUUGUUUGAUAAAAGCAAAAGAGGAAAAGUUGUUUGACCGGAUAAGUUCAAGUACUCCAUCUUCUUCUUCAGAUUUGUUGCCACGUCAAAUGGUCAUUGAUUAUGAUAAGGAGCACUUUGGGCUUAACAAUUUUGUCCUGUUCAGUUCAAAAAAGAAAAGGCAUUCUGGUAAACACCUCUAUUCUUUGUGUAUAACUGGAAACAAGCUGGACGGCCAUCUUUCUAAUAUAUGUCACCUAAGACACUUGAGGCUUCUUAGAGUGUUGAUUCUAGACUCUUUUAUCAAGGUGAAUGAUUCUUUGCUGAAUGAAAUAUGCAUGUUGAAUCAUUUGAGGUACUUAGACAUCCAUACAGAAGUUAAAUCUCUGCCUGCAUCUUUUUCAAACCUCUGGAAUCUGGAAACUCUGUUUGUGGAAAACAGAGGACUACCCUUGGUACUACUACCGACAAUUUGGAAUCUUGUAAAGUUGCGACUGCUGAGCAUAAAAUAUAGUUCAUUCUUUGAUUUGGAUACAGAUGAACCAAUACUGAUAGCAGAGGACUCAAAGUUAGAGAACUUGAGAAUAUCAGGACUCAAGCUUUCUUAUUCAAAAGAAACAGAGGAUAUUUUCAAAAGGUUUCCCAAUCUUCAAACCCUAGAAUUUGAUCUCAAGGAAUCAUGGGAUUGUUCAACAGAGCGAUAUUGGUUCCCAAAAUUGGAUUUCCUAACUGAACUAGAACGCCUCUGUGUAGAAUUUGAAAGUUCAAACACAAAUGACAGUGGGCCCUCUGUAGCAACAAAUGGGCCGUGGGAUUUUCACUUCCCUUCGAAUUUGAAAAAAUUGGUGUUGCGGAAAUUUCCUCUGACAUCUGAUUCACUAUCAACAAUAGCGAGACUGCCCAACCUUGAAGAGCUGUACCUUAGGCACACAAUCUUCCAGGGGGAAGAAUGGAACAUGGGGGAGGAAGACACCUUUGAGAAACUCAAAUUUUUGAGGUUGGAAGAAGUGACUCUUGCUAAGUGGGAGGUUGGAGAGGAAUCCUUUCCUGUGCUUGAGAAAUUAGAACUGUGGAGAUGUGAUAAGCUUGAGGAGAUUCCGUCUAGUUUUGGGGAUAUUUAUUCAUUGAAAAUUAUCAAACUUGUAGACAGCCCUCAACUUGAAGAUUCUGCUCUGAAGAUUAAGCAAUAUGCUGAAGAUAUGAGGGGAGGGGACGAGCUUCAGAUCCUUGACUGGAAUAAUAUCCCAUUAUUUAAAUAGAUUUUAAACAUAGCGCAUGCAAUGAACAAGUACAGGACAGUAGCAGCUUUAGAGGCUAAAGAUAAGUCCUCAGAAUACAGGACUUUUGUUCAAUUUCUGUCCUUUUUCUUCAUUUUGUGUGCCUGUAGUUAAAAACAAGUACUCAUAUGUUACGUAACAGACAAAUUGAGCAGAUACAUUGAUUGAUGCUUUUGCUUUUCUUACAGUAUGUACAGUAGCAGUAUUUUGUUACUUUAUUUUUGCUAUUGCUAUGUUGUUUUCAAUC